AUGUAUAAUAACCAUAAUAAUUUUUUAUCAUUAAUCCUCGAUGGAAAACAGCAACAUUAUUUUAAUGAUUCAGAAAUAGUAGAAAGAGGAGAAUUGGGAAAGGGAGAAUUAGGAAGAGUAGUAGAGAAAGUAAACAAAUUAGAAAGAGAAAGAGAAGUAGAGGGAAAGGUCGAAAGAGAAGGAAUAGAAAGAGGAAUGGAAAAAGAAAUUGAAAGAAGAAUGGAAAGAGGAAUGGAAAGAGAAAUAGAAAGAGGAAUAGAAAGAGAUACUUUAGAUUGGAUCAAAAAAGAUGGUUAUUAUUGUCUAUUAAUACCAAUUACAUUACCUGUAGCUGUUUAUUCAAUAUUUUGGAAUUGGUUGGGUAUGAAAUUCUUUAAACAUAAUUAA